UAAUUUGUAAAUAAUCAAUAUAAAUUAAUGUGAAAGAAAUUGUUUUUUUUUUACAUUUCAUAUUUAAUUUUAUCAACCAUGGAGAAUAAUGAAGAACGAGAACAACAUGACCAUAGCAUCCAUGCCGUGCCUCGCAGGGUGGAGGUCAUCUACCGGAGAAAAACUAGAGAGAGGAAAAUAUUUAUGGAUGAAUUGAAAGAAGUGAGGAAACGUAGACACAAGCGCUUUAUUAAGAGAAUUAUUGCUGCCAUCGGUCCCAAUUGGUAUUACGAGCUCAGCGAACCACAGAGGAGUAAUUUAGACACUCUCGAAUUUUGUAUUUACCAAGAUGUAUUAGCGGGCAGGCCCGUAAAGACCGAGCGGGUCAUUCGCCAGCUGGGCUUGCAUCCCCGGCCCACUACUGAUGACAUUAUGCAUUGCGUCAUCGCCGGACGAAAAGAUCCUAAGCAAAUGCUCUCAAAUUUAUUUGGUCUGAUGUUCGGUCACACCAUCGACGGGAAGCGUGCCGUCUACAACAUGAACGGAAAGCUGUUAAUGUCGUCUAUACUUUACUUAGGUACGCCUCAUUUAUUAAAAUCUUUACAAAUUAUGUUUCAUAGUGAACCUGAGGAAAUAAAGGAGAUCAAGCGGGAACCUAAACCCAAGCCCAUCUUAAAGUCCCCGUACUUACAAGAACUGGUGGCGUGUCAGUAUAAACCACCGAAGCGCAAACCGCAACGUCCGCCACCUUUGCCACACUUGGACACUCUCAACGAACCCUUUGAAGUGGAGCCCGUGAUCCGCAAGCCCCCGCCCCUGCCGCCUCCGCCGCCGCCGCCCAAGAAGCGGUUGCCACGCUCAUACUGCGACAAAAUCGCUGGCAUCUUGUCCCUCGAGCCGCGCUGGUCCAUUGAUAAUUUGUCAAUGAAACCUUUGGCACGAAGUUUUCACCGCAGGAAACCAUCAAAAAUUAGCAUUUUGGAAGACAAAAAGAAGCCCUACGGCAUUUCCGCAACUCUAAAGAAAAAGGUUCGUCGUAAAAAACCAGUGGCACCUUCGACGGGCUUGAAAAAUUCACAAUAUUUAAUAAAAGGUGUCAAUAUUUAUCGCGCCCACCCGCCGCCGCCGGCGCCCGACCCCUGUGAUUGCAUUGAGCGUUGGAACGAUUCAGUCUUCGAAUAUAUCAAAAACACUAAAUGUUACUGCGGCCACUUUUACGACUACGGAAACGAUGGUGUCUUCUUGCCGGAUGAAUUACCUUUCUUUGAAAAACCAACACAAAAUACACCCUUUCGGUUUAACUAUCAGACUAUAUACGAUUUAAAUGAGAAGCAGCUCUUCGUCGAGAAGGAAUUCAAAAAACUUUGGGACACGGACAGCGUGCUGGGUCCUCCCGGUGCCGACAGAGAUAAAAAAGAUAAAAAGAAACUAAAAUCACGGAGGCUGUCUGCGAGUACGAUUAAUGAGAAUCUUAACCCAAGAGACUGUUUAAGAAGUGCGCUUAGAAAAUUAAGGCGAGAUAACAUUGCAGCUCGACUACCUGAUGUUCAUUUAGUUCCGAUAUUGAAGGAGUGGAUGCGACAUCGUAUAUACGGGCCUCAUACUUCGAGGGCAAAAGCUAGGCUAUUAACGCGAAGUUCUAAUGACUGGCUAAGGUUCUGGGCACUUUCGUUAAAGGAUUACAUGCACGUUUUCCCUCCCAGAGACCCGAAAUACGCCGGUCAGACAAAUUGGCUUCACAAGCACAGUCUAAACCAACAUUUCCGAAAAUUUACUCGAAAAUACAAGAUGGACGUGUUUAAAGCAUUCGCAACUUUCAAUAACAUGUUGUGGACCACUAUGUGCCAAGCGCAGUUCCCGGGUAAGAACUUUAGAGAAAUAUAUUUCUCGUAUCUUUACGAUAAAGUGGAGGAUUUGCUGUUAAUGCAUCCGUAUAGUGUUAGAGAAACAGCGGAACGGAAGAAGAUAAUGGAAAGCAAGCGGUACAGCUGUGCCCCACCCAUCGAACGAGACGAGUGAACGAGUGGGAAUGCGAAAGAAUAUUACAGUCAUUGAGGUCAGGAAUAAAAUUUCUGUUCUAAAAAGCAUAUGGCUUCUACAGUUUGAGACAAAUUUUAUUUGUAAUCUACAUUAUCUGAUCUCUCUUCUAAAUAAAAUUUUCACAGCACUA